CGCCAGUGGAAACGUUUGUGUGUGCCAGUGUGUGCAGGACCUAGACAAGGACAGCAGUCAUGGAUGAUGUAUACAAGGCAGCGGUUGAGAACUUAACAGAAGAACAGAAGAAUGAGUUCAAGGCUGCGUUCGAUAUCUUCAUCCAGGAUGCGGAGGACGGCUGCAUCAGCACUAAGGAGCUGGGGAAGGUGAUGCGUAUGCUGGGGCAGAACCCCACACCCGAGGAGCUGCAGGAGAUGAUAGACGAAGUGGAUGAGGACGGCAGCGGGACGGUAGACUUUGAUGAGUUCCUGGUGAUGAUGGUGCGCUGCAUGAAGGAGGAGAGUAAAGGGAAGUCUGAGGAGGAACUGGCUGAACUGUUCCGCAUGUUCGACAAGAAUGGAGAUGGCUACAUUGACCUGGAAGAGCUGAAAGCAAUGCUAGAGUCGACGGGGGAGGCCAUCACAGAGGACGACAUUGAGGAACUGAUGAGGGAUGGAGACAAAAACAACGAUGGCAAGAUCGACUAUGACGAAUUCCUGGAGUUCAUGAAGGGAGUUGAAUAAACCCCCAACUGUGUGGAUUUGAAGACUGAACCUUAAUGCCCUGAAAUGAAAAGACUCACAAGAAGACUCAAUAAUCAAACACCCUUUCCUGUUUUUGAAGGUUGUAAUGACAUCACCUCUAGAGCAGAGGGUCAGGGAAGGGUCAGGGUGUAUCACACACAACUGUGCUCUGAAUGGUUGUACAUAGAACACAGACCCCAAAAACACCGGACAUCAGUAAAACAGCAAAUCUACUAUUCCAACUGUCAGAUCAUCAAAAUAAUGCUUCUUAUGCCAUUAAGGUUCCCACUUAAGGGUGAGCAAAGAUCAAUUAAGUGUAAAUCUUUAAAGACGACUUUAUUACUGUACUACAAUCACACCACUGUAUAUUUUCAAUAAAGAAAACAGCUUUUCUGUA